AUGAAGUCUCUUCUUGUCUCGCUUCUACUGGUUUAUGUUGUUCAUCUUGCCCAAUCGCAGCACGCAUGUGUCGACCGACACAUCCACUGUGUCUUUUGGUCGCAAGCCGGAGAAUGUGAGGUGAAUCCAAGAUUCAUGAAGAGACAAUGUAUGAAGGCGUGUGGGACAUGUCCAAGAAGCAAUGCUACUCUUCAUGCGGAGCCAGCCAUGAUGUCAAAGUCAAGAUCGUUUGAUGAAGUUCCAGAUGAUGUCAGUCAGAGAGCAUUUUUGCCAAAUAGAGGGAUUCCAGAAGGUUGUCAUUCGGUGAUGACUGUUGAAGCCGAAACUCGCCAAAUCUUCUCCAGUGGUCAACUCACCGCCCGCUUCCGUCAACAAAUGUGUGCUGAGCAACAAAUUGCUCCAGAUUGCUCCAUCAAUAAUUGCUUCCACAAAAAGUAUCGAUCCAUGGACGGAACAUGCAAUAAUCUUCAGAACCCAAUUAAAGGAGCCGCGUUCACGGCAUUCAGUCGACUCAUGCCAGCUGCUUAUGAUGAUGGUUUUAAUACUCUUGUUUCUGCCUCACAGCGGAAUCGUCCAAACCCUCGGGAAGUGUCAGUCUUCUUGUUGUCAUCUGAAAGGUCAUUGCCUGGACAUGUUAAUUCUCUUGUCAUGCUUUUUGGUCAGUUCGUCUCCCACGACAUCACCUCAAAUGCGGCUCAAAACUUCUGCGGAUGUGGAAACUCUGGACCUAUGUGUGCCUCCAUUUUUGCUCCACCAUCUGAUAGAUCCCGCCGAUGCAUUCCAUUCACCCGCUCGUUCCCUGUCUGUGGAACUGGCCAAUUCGGAAGAGUUCGUGAGCAACUGAACAUGAACACUGCCGCGAUUGAUGCUAGUUUGAUUUACGGAUCCGAAGCUAUCACUGCUCGCAGUUUGAGAUUCGCGGCAAUGCUCAGGACAUCGAUGAUCGGAGGUCGUAUGUUCCCACCAAACACCAACGCUGGAAGUUUGACAGCCGGAGAUGGGAGAGCUAUUCUUUUUGUUGGGCUUGCUGCUCUUCAUACGUCAUUCCUCAGACUCCAUAAUAAUGUUGCCGCCCGUCUCCAAAACAUGAAUCGCCACUGGAAUGCGGACAGAAUAUUCCAAGAAUCUCGAAAAAUUGUCGGUGGAGUUGUCCAAGCGAUCACCUAUCAAGAAUUCGUGCCAGAGUUGAUUGGAGAUGCCUCGAAGACUAUUUUGGGAGCGUAUACAGGAUAUAAUCCAAAUGUGGACCUCGGAAUUCUGAACGAGUUCGCUGCCGGAGCCUACCGUCUUCAUGGAAUGAUUCAGGAGACGUAUCCAUUGGUGGAUUCCCAAUUCCGCGAGUUCAACAGAUAUCGAUUCAUUGAUGGUGUCAAUAAUAUCAAUCAUGUGCUGACGAAUAUUGAUUCGAUUUACAGAGGAAUGAUGAAAGUGCCCGUCCGUAGUCCUCAAAGAUUGACAACUUCAGUGACAGAACGUCUUUUUGGUGGAAGUGUCGACAUGGCAGCAGUUAACAUUCAACGUGGCAGAGACCAUGGGUUGAGGUCCUACAACGAGUACCGCAGAUUCUGCAAUCUUCGUCCGAUCACCAGCUUUGAUGAUUGGCCAGAAGUGCCCGACCAGAAUGUCCGUCAACGAAUCGCUCAACUCUACCGUACUCCUGACGACGUGGAUUUCUAUGUUGGCGGAAUUCUCGAACAACCAGCCGCAGGAAGUGUCGUCGGAGCCACGUUCGCCUGUGUCAUCGGAAAACAAUUCGAACGUCUUCGCGAUGGAGACAGAUUCUAUUUUGAGAAUCCAGGAGUAUUCACAUCUUCUCAAUUGGCUGAACUGAAGAGGACCACACUUUCGUGGGUGUUAUGUCAGACAGGGGAUAACAUGCUCCGAGUCGGCCGUCGUGCAUUCGACAUCGAAGAUGGCUCUCGUGCCGUUCCAUGCUCCUCAAUCAAUGGAUUGAACCUCGAAGCAUGGAGAGAAUAG